AUGGCUGAUAAUAUUGCUCACCUAAAUGAACUAAUUAUGUCUAUGGCAAAAAAACGUGGUUUAGAUAAAACAUUUUGUCCAUCAGAAAUUGCUCGACAAUUAUCAUCAAAAGAAGAUGAAUGGCGUUCAUUGAUGGAACCUGUUCGAUUAGCUGCUACGAAACUUAUUGACAAAGGUCAAUUAGUAUGCAAACAAAAUGGUGAAAUAGUUGAUAUUCGAACAGUAAAAGGACCAAUUCGGCUGCAAAUAACAUCAAACUAA